CCCCCCCCCCCCCCCCCCCCCCCCCCCCCCCCCCCCCCCCCCCCCCCCCCCCCCCCCCCCCCCCCCCCCCCCCCCCCCCCCCCCCCCCCCCCCCCCCCCCCCCCCCCCCCCCCCCCCCCCCCCCCCCCCCCCCCCCCCCCCCCCCCCCCCCCCCCCCCCCCCCCCCCCCCCCCCCCCCCCCCCCCCCCCCCCCCCCCCCCCCCCCCCCCCCCCCCCCCCCCCCCCCCCCCCCCCCCCCCCCCCCCCCCCCCCCCCCCCCCCCCCCCCCCCCCCCCCCCCCCCCCCCCCCCCCCCCCCCCCCCCCCCCCCCCCCCCCCCCCCCCCCCCCCCCCCCCCCCCCCCCCCCCCCCCCCCCCCCCCCCCCCCCCCCCCCCCCCCCCCCCCCCCCCCCCCCCCCCCCCCCCCCCCCCCCCCCCCCCCCCCCCCCCCCCCCCCCCCCCCCCCCCCCCCCCCCCCCCCCCCCCCCCCCCCCCCCCCCCCCCCCCCCCCCCCCCCCCCCCCCCCCCCCCCCCCCCCCCCCCCCCCCCCCCCCCCCCCCCCCCCCCCCCCCCCCCCCCCCCCCCCCCCCCCCCCCCCCCCCCCCCCCCCCCCCCCCCCCCCCCCCCCCCCCCCCCCCCCCCCCCCCCCCCCCCCCCCCCCCCCCCCCCCCCCCCCCCCCCCCCCCCCCCCCCCCCCCCCCCCCCCCCCCCCCCCCCCCCCCCCCCCCCCCCCCCCCCCCCCCCCCCCCCCCCCCCCCCCCCCCCCCCCCCCCCCCCCCCCCCCCCCCCCCCCCCCCCCCCCCCCCCCCCCCCCCCCCCCCCCCCCCCCCCCCCCCCCCCCCCCCCCCCCCCCCCCCCCCCCCCCCCCCCCCCCCCCCCCCCCCCCCCCCCCCCCCCCCCCCCCCCCCCCCCCCCCCCCCCCCCCCCCCCCCCCCCCCCCCCCCCCCCCCCCCCCCCCCCCCCCCCCCCCCCCCCCCCCCCCCCCCCCCCCCCCCCCCCCCCCCCCCCCCCCCCCCCCCCCCCCCCCCCCCCCCCCCCCCCCCCCCCCCCCCCCCCCCCCCCCCCCCCCCCCCCCCCCCCCCCCCCCCCCCCCCCCCCCCCCCCCCCCCCCCCCCCUGUGUACGUGUGUCUCUUUCUCUCUCUCUCUGCGAGGGCGUGGUGGAUGACGUGUGGGCGUGAGAGUGGGCGUGGGCGUGGAAUCGAAACCAACCAUCGCGGAUUCCAGGCCAGGGUGGGCAAGGGCGGCGAGGGUGCAUAA